UUAAAUCGUGGUCUGUGCUAUUACUGUUAUCACAUUCAAACUUUCGUGCUUAUCAAUUAUUUUUUAUCACUAUAAACUCAAGGAAAUAAACGCAGUCUUAAAAUACUAUGGAUUAAAAUAUCAGUAUAUCACGCACAAGUGCACAACCGAAGUACUGCGUAGUGGUGACUUAUGGCGAGGUCUUAGUUCCGCGUUUAUAGUCUGAGACCAGGGACCGUGGGCGUCGAGCAAACAGUACGCCGCUGUGCAACUGCGCGCGCAAAACGCGUCCGCGGCACACUGCUCACAGAACGCGACUGCGAUUCGAUGGAGCCGGCCGUGGCGAACGCGACCGCGUCGUUAUCGUCGGCCGUCGCGACGACAGCUUCCGCGCUUCCGGUCCCGUCCGCCGCCCGUUUGCCGAGUCCCUUCGUCCAGACAGCCUUUACCGGGCUGUCCGCGUUCGGCAUACUGGGCAACCUGUUGGCGCUGUUCGUACUGUACCGGGCCCGGUCGGGCGGCAACCGCAAACACGUGUUCAUGUUGCGGUGCCUGGCCACCAACGAUCUGAUCGUGCUCGUCGGCAGGGUGGUACACAUGUUCGUCAACGUCAGGUGGCCGUACACCAAGAAGACCGUCUGGUCGUGCCGGAUCAGCGUCCUGUGGCGGUUCUUCGGGCUGAACUCCGGGUGCGUGGCUCUCAUGAUGGCCGUCGAACGCUGGCUGGCGCUCACCAAACCGUUUUUUUACAGAAAGCAUUUUAGCCUUCAAUUACUCAAAGGAAUGAUGGCUAUACUUUGUUUAGAAAUACUGUGUUUAAUGUGCGCACCGUACUUUGGAUUUGGAUAUGGUCGUUACUGGGAUGAGAAAUCGUCAACGUGUGUGAGUUAUAGGAAUGCCAAAAAGCCUUUGGACGUACUUCACGUUUACGUUUAUUUAGGUCAUGGCGUAUUUGUAUGUUUUGCGAUAGUCUAUACGAACAUAGCUGUUAUGAAAGCCUUAUGUAUGAAGAAUAGUUCUCACAACCAGCAUACCGUGACAAUUAGACGCACCAACCGAGAAUCUUCAUUGACUUGCAACACGGCUUCCAAAGAAGAAAGAAAAUUCGGUUGGCUCAUGUUUUUUCUGUGCAUCACGUUUCUCACUUGUUGGGUUCCGCAAAUGAUAUCAAUACCGUUAUCCAGGUUCGUCGAGGAUGAGUCGAAUAUUCGGCCGUUUAUUAUCACUACAGAUAUGUUGUUGGCUAUACAUUUUACGCUUAACCCAUAUCUGUACGUGCUCCAGAAUUGGAAGUUAGUUAAGAUGAUCUGCUUGCGGUCAAAUAUCAAAGAGAAUGGUACUGCUAGCAGCGGAAGCGCAAGUCUUAGUAGUUCCAUGAGAACAACGGAGGAAGUAUUAUCAGAGCGACCGCUCUGAUUGCGAUGUAUGACGGCUGAAGACUACUGCUGACUUGUAUACCUAUUUGAGCAUAACUUCAUAGUAAUAUAUAAUUGUAAUGUCUCUUUAUAUUUAUAUAUUUAUGUACGAAAAUAUAUAUAUUCGAGUAUAUCGUAUAUAUAUCGUACAACUAUAUGCUUUACGUCAUUUACGAUGAUAUUAUUAUAUUAAUAUUUUUCAUUUUUGGAAAACUACCAGCGAAUGUGCUUGUAAUUAUUGACAAAUAUAUUAUGUACAUAAUAUAUAAUAAUUAUUACAUGUAAGA